AAUAAAUGGGAUAUCCUUGAACCUUUCCAACUCCAACUCUGUUGUAAUCAAAAUCUACCAUUUUGGUCACAACCCAUCCACACUCUAUCAACCUUCAUGUCUCUCAUUUCUUCUUCAUAAUCCCAAACAACCACCAACUUCAUUAGCUAUGGGUUGCUGUGUCAGUACAGAAACUAACAGAUCUUCACACUCACAACCACCAAGAUCCACCAUUUCCCGAGCACCACCACCUCCUCUCAUUGACGAAGAGACCGUCAAAGAAGUCCUCUCAGAGACACCCAAAUGGAACCCACCACCAACCUUCUCCAAAUUCCAACCCCAACAACCCCACAAGCCCAAAGCCUUCCAUACAGAGAUCAAGAAUUACGACGACGACGAUGCUGAUGCAUUAUUUGCAACAAUGGCCACCACCAAACCCCAAGAGAUCUCCCAACUCACUGAGGAAGUUUGCAGCUUGAGCGAGAGUGUCUCCACCACAACCUUCAACGAAGAAGAAACGCGCCAAAGGGUAGUAAACAGAUCACCCGCCAGAACGCAGAAAAAUCGUUCCUUUUCCGGUGACUUCGCCGCCAGGACGGUCGGGAAGUCUCCGGUCAGGAGGUCGGAGCAGUCUCCGGCGAGGAGGAAUGGUGGGUCGGUGAGGCUUGUUCAGAGCAAGGACCAAAUGGGGAACGGAUUAUCGAGGAACCAGACUCACCGCCGUGACGCCGGCGAGAAUUCCUGCCGGCGUUCUAGGUCUCCGGCAACCCGAACCGACAACGGAGCAACUAGAUCUGUCGUGGGUCGGAGCCCAUCUAAGAGGAGAGGAACAAAUCAGUCCCCUGCAAGGGUGAGGCAGGCCCCUGCACCGGCAGUUGAGAGUGGUGACCGGAAAAUGGAUAAUCCGGCCAUGGAGGAGGGAAAGUGGUCAUCUUCAGCUAAUAAUGAGUCUCUGGAAAACCCUCUUGUGUCAUUGGAAUGCUUCAUCUUUCUCUAGUUAUGCCCAAACUGCAAUGGCGGUUGCGGUGGUUAUGGGCGGUGCCACCACUUUUAGUGUCAGAUUAUAGUACUAUUAGUAAUUAUUAGCAAGUCAUAAUUUCAUGUACCUUCCUUGAUUAGUGUUUGGACUUUUGGAGAUGAUGAAAUUUGGGUGUAAAUAUUUGAAGUCAAGGUCAAUUGUAGGACCCAAUUAUAGGAUAUCAGAGUUAAUUAGAGCUGCCUUGUCCCAAAUCCCAACCUGAGCCCUUUGCAU